ACGGAGACGGCGCUGGCGCUGGCGGCGGGCCCGGUGGAGAUCCGCGUGGCGGCGGCAGAGGAGGACGAGGAGGAGGCGGCGCGGCGGCGGGGGUGCCUGAGCCCCGGUUCGUUGGGCGGCGGCAGCUGCAGCGAGGACGAUUCCGGCCGAGGCUGCGAGAAGUCCAGCGGUGGUGAAAAUGAUGGAGAAGAUUUUGAGCACAAGUGGAAACAGCCUGACCGCGACCUGAUCUUUCAACUGGUGGCCCAGAUUGAAUAUUACUUCUCAGAUGAAAACCUCGAGAAAGACGCCUUCCUUCUGAAGCACGUCCGGAGAAACAAAAUGGGCUACGUCAGCGUAAAGCUCCUGACGUCUUUCAAAAAGGUAAAGCAGCUGACACGUGACUGGAGAACUACGGCGUACGCCCUGAAAUACUCAGAGGUCCUAGAGCUGAACGAAGACAGCAGAAAAGUUCGAAGGACCACUCCAGUUCCGGUAUUUCCUAGUGAGAAUCUCCCCAGCAAGAUGUUGCUCAUUUAUGACAUCCCCCUGGUUUCUGAUCUCCACCCGGAGGAUGAAAAACAGGAGAACGGAUGCGUUCAGGAGAAGAUGAUGGAGAAUCUUCUUAAAGCUUUCGUUAAGUUUGGGGUCAUCUCCUCCGUUCGCAUCCUCAAGCCUGGUAGGGAUCUUCCACCGGAUAUCAAGAGGUUCAGCAGCCGAUACAGCCAAGUCGGAACCAAGGAAUGCGCCAUCGUAGAGUUCGAAGAGGUGGACGCUGCCAUCAAAGCUCAUGAGUCGAUGUGCAUUACGGACAAUGAAACGGACAUGAAGGUUGUCCUCAUUGGUGUGAAGCCACCGAAGAAGAAAGUUCUGAAAGACAAGAACCGCGAGGAAGACCCCAGCAAGGGUCUGAACAAAACACGAUCGAUGAACAAGAGAGUGGAGGAACUUCAGUACGUCGGAGACGAGUCUUCUGCCAACAGCUCCUCUGAGCCAGAGAGCAAUCCAACAUCUCCCAUGUCAGGUCGCAAAGUGAAUGCCUCAAAUAAGUUGAGCCCCACCACGUACCAGAACAAUCACCUCAGCCCUAACGUCUCCCCGAGGUCCAGUCCUUGGAACAGCCCUUCCUCAUUGCGAAAAGUUCCCAAGAUGUCUCCGCUGGCUGAAGACGGCAGGCUUAGCCUCAGCACCAGUCCCGAAAUGCUGAGGAGAUGCGCAGAUGAUUCGUCGGACAGCAGCGUCACUCCUUCGAGUAGUCCAUGGGUUCAAAGGAGGCGACAAGCUCAGACUGUGACUCAAGAGAAAAGUCCAGUGGGGAGCCCAAUGCUCAGCCCAAAAAUUCAGAAUGCAGACGGAUUGCCCGUUGGGGUCUUGCGUUUCCCAAGAGGCCCAGAUGGGACAAAGGGAUUCCAUAACGGGUACGAGAGGAAUAACCUCACCAAGGACAAAUAGGUUUUGUGCAAUGUUGUUGUUGUUUUUAAUUUCCAGUCGGAUUACUCCAUUGUUGAACCUACUCAAGACUUGACCAAGGCAGUAUUUCUUUUUUUU